GCUACGUGAUGACUUGCAAAUUUUUGAUUACGCAAAAGCUACGUUUUCCUAUUUUUGCUUAAUGAAGAUCGUAUUGUUGUACUACUUUGUUAUUUAAUUUUUUUAAUAAUAAUAAUUUGCAAUUAAAUAAUGGGUAAGAAAGAGAAGAAUCACUUGAAGCAGUUGAAAGAGAUUCACAAUUUGAUUUUCUUAUCGAAACUGGCUUCCGGAUCUUCGACUGUUUAUUCGUUGUGGGCUUAUCAAACCCGCCUGUCUGUAGCUAUAAAGAUAAAGAAAAACACUAAAGAAUCAGAAUUUUCGACCAGUCACUGGAUUAAAUGCAAUCAUCCCCAUUUGAUACCGUUACUUCGAGUCAUUGAUUUCAAAGAUGAUUAUGUAGGUUACGUUAUGCCUCUGGCAGAAUAUCCUAUUCGAAAAGUCAUUUGCACCUAUUCGAAUAAUUCUGGAAGUUACGAGCAGGCAAAGUUGUGGAUAUAUCAGCUACUGACAGGUAUAUGCUACUUACACGAUCAGAAACUCUGCCAUUUAAAUAUAAACGUCGAUAAUGUAUUGAUCGAUAAAGGGCAGAAUGCCCUCUUGGCUGGGUUUUCUAAGAUAAGAUACGAAGGAGAAACUUGUGACGUGGAAGAAAAGGAUUCUAUCUAUCUACCACCAGAAUGGCGUUCGAAAAGACAAUUUGAUAACUUUUCGGGGCAGAAAAUGGAUAUGUGGUGUUUCGGAAUAACUGCCUUAGCGAUUUUACUGGGAAAAGAAUUUGAGAAAAUGGUCUACUCGUGGAAAGAUAUAGUCAUUUUUUCCAAAGAUCGCGUGAAGCUAUUGACGACAAAAAUUGCCGACAAAGAAUAUUUUGAAAAAAUAUUUAAGAAAGCGCAUCCUUGUUCGUCCAUCACUUCGACCAAUGCCGAAAAUGCACAUUCGUUCUUUAACCAGCUUUUAAAAGAAGAAGCUCAAGGUAGAUGCGCAUCGCAAGAUGUCCUUUGUCACUCUCUCCUUUGGCCUAACAAUAAGUUUCAAGUGGGAGCUGUAGAUAAAAACAUGCCUAAAAUCCAUCAGGAUGACGGUCUUCACGAACGUCUUUAUUCGCUUCCGAAUGAAAAAUCUGUUUUCUCUAUAAGGAAAGAAUUUAGCUCGAAGGAAGAUCGAUUUAAGAAAUAAUUUUAGUAUCAAACACGAAGCAUAAUUCUGAAACACGUAUUUAAAAAUUUUUCAAAGGUUUUGAUCUUGUAGAACAAAAUUCUAAAUGAUAAAAAUUAUAAUAAAGUU